UUUCCCGCAUCAUCCGAUGUCCUGAAACUUGUACAAAAAGGAAUGACGUUUCCGUCAUUGUACGUGUGAAAAAGCUGACACAAGGAUUCGUCGUUUUCAAUCGCAGUUCACGCAGAGUAAUAAGCAAGGACUUUCAAUCCUCAAUCAUCGCAUCCGCUCAGUUCGGGAAGAGAAUUUCGAGUGCUUAGAAUCGAUAAGAAAACUGUUUCCUUGAAGGAAAAUGUGCGAUUGCUAACCACUCACUCAGCAAUGGCUACAGCAAAUAGCGGCGGUGGUGGAGCAACAAAAUCGAGCAAAGCGUUGAAAGGUGGUGGUCCUGGUGCUGCUGCUUCAGGUGGUUCGUCCAUUCAUCACCACCAGGACGACGAUGGCAAUGAAAAUCAAUACUUUUACGAGGACGAAAUUUUCUGCCUCGAUGGUAGGGGCCGUGUCCGCUUUGGGCUGGUGCUGGAGAACUUCGAGGUCAGCGAGGAGGAAGGUUUCGAAGAGGACACGCUAAAAAAGGGCGAAAUCCGAGCCUGCUGGCAUCCGGACGGGCUGGAGGAGAUUGUUAAGCAGAGCAAGGUCGGGCUGGCAGACAGGACACUGAUGCCAGGAGAUGUCGUUAGACGAAUGAUUCCCGGCAAAGAUACCCAGCGGGGCUACUGUCACGAAAUUUUUGUCAAAGCUGAUGUCAAGAUCGUCGGAACGAAGUACGUUGUUAGGAAUGUCUCCUCAGAUCGAUUGCGACCGCUGAUGUCUAUGCCAAAGGAUAAUGCCGUCUGUUUGGACUCAUGGGUUGGCAGUACCAGAAACGUUGCGGAAAAGUUGAUUCUAAAAUCUCCCUGUGGUUCACUGGUGGAAACGGGUCCAGAUUUCGAUUAUUGUGCGCUGAAAGACCCGGAAUCGCGUUCCCGAUGCGGCUACUUUUCCAGUGCCCUGUUCUAUCCCGGUCAAACGUUGGUAGUUCCACUUGGUGAGGUAGAGAACUCAAAGUGGCUCAAGACAUCAGCAGAGAUGAAACGUUCUAUGAAACGGAAGGUUCUGGAUCUGAAAUUUUCGGUCCAAAACGUUGAGCUAGAGGGUGUUUGGGUACACUGGCAGUGCAAGGCGUCUUGCGAGGAUAUCGAGGCGGAAAUGAAGGAGGGUGGCAUCCAACAACCGCCGGACUAUAUAACGGGAGACAAUUUGAAGCGUCUCAAGAAGCUCAAUCUAUUCGAAUCGUGCAUGUUGCAGAUUAACGAUAAAAAUUACUUGAAAAUCGAGGAAGGAGAUUUGUUCUGCCGCAAAAGCCAAUGGCGAAAGGAACUUAGCUCAAAGUAUCGAAAAAUGCUGAAAAGAGAGGACGAGAGCACCGAGAAUGUGAUCUGUGAUAACGAUAUGCAUAAGAUUACCGUUACCGGUACGGAAAGCGAAAACGCAUCCAAAGAGAAGCUCGAGACGGAUCGAGCGAAGCUUUGCCCAGGCGCUGGGAAAGACAGCUUGAAGGUAGGUAAAAUGCGAAGAAAUUCACCGAGACGUCUGAAUAGUAAUCCCUCGUCGACGAUUUGCAAAUUGGCUGAAAGUGACGAGUGGCAGACGGAUCCGGAGGAUGAAGAGGACGACGCAGAUGGUUGUGACUCGACUGUAUCCGACGGAGGAGGCAGUCCUAUUUCCUCAUCAUGCUCAAGCACAGUUACCCCGAGGGGUAGCCCCAAAAAAUCGCCGCUACUGGCGAAGAAGCUGCGUAAGCGUAAGAAGAGAUCAGCUUCGGCCAAUAGCAAUACGGAUCGCAUACCUGUCCCGGGCGAUGAUGUCAUCACCGAAACGCUGGUUGUGUACAGCAGUGCCACGGUUGUUUGGCAGGAUGGCACGAUCGAAACCAACAUUCCGUCCACGCAGCUCUGUCCCAUUCACCAUUUGGAUGAUCACGAGUUCUUUCCGGGAGAUUUCGUACUGGCAGGAAAUACGGAUCUCUCACACAAUCCUUCCUUCCGAGACUACGGGGUUAUUCAAAAUGUCGAUCAUCAUGGUCGAACGGCGAAGGUCAAGUGGUUUAGCACGUACACCUGUUCGGAUGAACCGCAACCGACGUACAACGGCGAAACCGAGGUCAGUGUGUACGAUUUGAAGGAUCAUCCGGAUUUCCAAUAUCGCCCGGGGACGAUCGUUAUACGAGUGGCCAACUUCAACGGGGACGAUUCCAACAGCAGUGCUGGGCAGGUCAUCGACAACUAUCCGAACGGGAUGGUCAAAGUGUGGUGGGUUGAUGAUCACGUGAGCAUGUGUUGGCCGCAGGACAUCUUCGAGGUGGGUCAGUACGACUCGGAGAAUAAUUUCUGGGGCAACGACUCCGAUAACAACUCCUGGGAGACGGAGGACGAGACUUCCGAACUGGGUGGUGUUUCGCCGCAGCGUGUCUCCAAACCGAAGCUCACCGCGAAUCUGGAACGGGCUCGUGUUGCCAUGGCACGACUCGAAGAGCUGUUCAUCAUCAAUCCUCAUCUGCAGAAUCAGGAGAUCAUGAAAAAAUUGCUCUUGGUGUACAAAAAGUGUCGAUACCUGGAUCGAUUGAUGGAUACGAGCUUCUUCCACGAGCGACACUUUAUGGGUCUGGUGGAACGCGUUCGCAAAUCCAACAAUCAAACCACGGCCGAACGGGUGCUGGAUCAGAAAAAUAGACUGUUCAAUCAAAACGGCUCGAAAGCCACCACGCCCACGGCGGAAACCCCCGGUUCGGAUCAGAAGCUUCCUCCCAGCUGCACCGCUCCUGCUUCCAAAAUACUGACCACACCUUUCAAUCCAUCCAACCUGAAUACCACCAGCUCGUUUAAAUUUCCUUCCGGCAAUAAUCAAUCCACCUCGUCGGACAUUUCUAGUAUUGAUGAGAACCACGUGGCCACAACCAGUACCAGUUCGGCUCGUUCUACAGCGGGGACAGGAGAAGAUUCUGGUAAUUUUUCCGCCAAGAGUGAUCCCGCAACCUGUUCCAACAAGAGCAGCAUGAACCAAAGCGGUAACGAUUCGCUGUUGAACGCCGAACUGGACAACGUAAACAAUCUGUACAUGAACAUCAGCGAGGACAUGAACUCAACCAGUUCGGUGUUCAGUUUCUCCCCGCAGGCGGAAAAUGUUUCCGCGAAACUAUGCUCCCUCAUCAAAGCACAGUUGGUGAAGGCAUUGCAAGAGAUCAACAUUCGCUACAGCCAGGCCGAUCUUUUCAAAGAAAUCAUCAUCGAAGAAAUUCAGUUCACGCCCCCACCGUUCGGUUCCCAUCCGAUUUCCUCCACUCCGUCGCUGUUGCCAUCGUGCGCCACCACUCCAACCGCCGCAGCAGAUCAGGACAGGCUGAAUGACGCCGCCGAAGAAAGUGCCCUUGCAGUUCCAAGUCAGAGUGUCGAGUUCACUUUCGUCGAAAGUUUCCAGGUACUCGAUUCCGCACCGUGCACCCACAAGUACCACUUAACAGUAUUUCAAACCAACAACGCACAAGGCUUCUACAAGGCAGUCCAGCGAGAACAUCGGCUGCUGCGUACUGCGCUCCCCCCGGGAGUUUGGGUGCGUACGUUCGAAGAUCGGCUAGAUCUGCUGAGCGUCAUGAUCGAAGGUCCCAAGAAGACUCCCUACGAAGAUGGGUUGUUCCUGUUCGACGUUCAAUUGGGUCAGGAUUACCCGACUGCUCCUCCGUUGUGCCACUACAUCAGCUACUGUUCAGAUCGACUGAAUCCCAAUCUGUACGAAGACGGCAAGGUGUGUGUUUCGUUGCUCGGAACGUGGUCCGGUCGGGGCACGGAGAUGUGGGGUCCCAACAGUACCCUGCUGCAGGUUAUCGUUUCCAUUCAGGGGCUGAUUCUGGUGGACGAACCGUACUUCAAUGAGGCCGGCUACGAGAAGCAGAAAGGCUCCCAGCAGGGCAAGGAAAACUCCCGGAUGUACAAUGAAAUGGUGCUACUGAAGUUGGUGCAAUCGAUGACGAAACUGAUCGGCAAUUCGCCGGAGAUUUUCCGGGAGCAAAUACUGGUGCACUUCCGUGCGCGUGGCACUGCCAUGUACCAACGGAUCAAAAGCUGGAUGGAUCUGUCGAAUGAAGCAAAUCGACUGGCGACCACCAAUGCUGAAUCUCCUACCGCGGCACUAUCCAAGGUAGCUCUCAACGGAAUUCCAUCGUCAACGGUUUCCGCGUCCGCAUCGUCGUCCACCUCAUGUGGGGCAACCGUUAUGCCCGAGUUCCCGCUGAUUCCAGCCAGUCGCGGGUUCUGCCUCACGUUGGCGGGUUUGUUGGAAAAUUUCCGAAAGACGCUUCAAACCAUCGGCGCCGAAUAACGUUAAUCAGGAUAAUCUGAACCCACCGCCGCCGCCGCCGCUGCCGUUGGCCGCCUUGCGCGAUUCCUAAUGCUCUCUCUUUAGGGUACCUACUUUUUAGAUUGUUUCGUAUUUUGUUCCCUGUUAAAUUUUGGUUCGUUACGUUCUAGUAAAUAAAUUCUGUGAAAAUAGCAAA